GGAAAGGGCCUGUGGGACAUCCCUGCUCCUGGGUGACAUGGCCCUGUUCCCCAGCCAACACACUCACUUUGCAGGCGUUGCUGCCCAAGCCAUGGACAUCCCCAUCACACCAGGGGAGCUGCUGUGUCUGGGCUCCAGCCUUGCCUUCUCUGGCCUUUUCUACUACAUGUACAGGAAGAAAGCCAAAGUUGUGGCACGCAUAAAGGAGGCCCCAAAGCUCCAGGUCGAUGAUGAUUUACCAGCCCUGGUGUCUGCAGCUGAGGGGAGAUGCCUGCCCUAUGUUGCCCUGGAAGGCAUAGUGCUACCAGCCCAGGCUGCACUGACCAGCCACUACCAUGAGGGGCUGCAGGGCGUGAUCCAGAAACUGCUACUGAAAGAGCAUCGGCUGAUCUGGAACAGCUUGGCCCGGAGCUGGAGCGAGAGCGAGCGGGUGCUCUCGGAGCAGAUCUACACCGUGCCCUUCCUGCUGGCCUCGCCAGGCACCGAGGCGGUGACGCAGGUGAGCGUGGACAGCCCGCUCCAGGCCGUCUGCCUGCCGCUGGAGAUGGUGUACGAGCGCUUCCAGCAGCCAACCCAUGGCUUCCGCGACCUGCUGGGCCAGUACCUGAUCGGGGAGAAACCCAAGGGCAUCCUGGAGACAGAGGAGAUGCUGCGGGUGGGGGCCGGGCUGACAGGCAUUGGGGAGCUGUCCCUGCACCCCGACGGCUCCCUGCACCUGCAGCCGCCAGCCUGGGGGGGCGAGUUUUUCCUGUGCCUUGGGGACUGGCAGACGGUGCUGUCGGAGCUGGAGUCGGCCAGUGGGCUCUGGAAGGGGGCAGCGGUGCUGUGUGCGGUGGCAGGGCUGGCCGUGCUCCUGCACGCCCUGUGCCGCGCCUACCGCCGCUCCCGCCCCAAGCAGCGGCAGGAGGACAAGGAGCUGGAUGGGGAGGAGGCCGGGGACAGGGAGCCUGAGGACUCCUGCGUGAUCUGCCUGGCACGGCCCCGCGAGUGCGUCCUCCUGGGCUGCGGCCACAUCUGCUGCUGCUUCCGCUGCUUCCAGGCCUUGCCCACCCGCCUCUGCCCCAUCUGCAGGGGGCCCAUUGAACGUGUGGUGCCCCUCUAUCAGGCCUGAGAGCACCUGGGCGUGCCCAGGGAAGGGCAGUGGGAACCAAGCCAAGCCUGCAGCCUGCAGAAAUCUCAGCGGUCCCCUCGUGUGCAGUUGUGUGAUUCCUGUUGGGAGGGAGGGGUCCUGGUGUGCCCCAUAAUCUGCCUUAGGGAGGGCAGGGCAGGGGGAGUUACAGCUUCCUCAUCCUCCCUUUGUCUGCUAGAGGACCCCCCCUAAACAUGAAGGCUUGAGGAAAACCUACACAACACCUGUCCUGAGGAGCUGAGACCCCAGCCCCAUGCUGGGGCAUUCCUUUGGCUGCCACCUGUUGGACCUGUGCCCCUUUCCCAGCUGUGACCCACUCAAAGCCAUGCAGGACUUCUCCCUUAUGUUUUUUUUACCGGCAUGUGGUUUUAUUGGGAGGAUGAUGAGGGCAAGACCAGGGCUGGUGAGACACAGCAGGCACAGUGGGAUAGCAGAGACCCAAACCCCCCUGAGCCACUGCAGUGGCACACCUUGGUGCCACUAUUGUCCUACCACCCCAAUCCAUGUGCCUACAGCCACUGCCCAGACUACGCUGGGGACACCUAGGGGCUGGCAACAAUGAGCCUCUUUGCCAGCUGCUCUACCACCCAGGGAGGGGGGCUAUGUCCCUCUGCAGGGUUUCCACUCUCCUUCUGGAGUAGGAGAACAGCAUUGGAGUGCCCCAGAGCCUGCCUUCAUGUCCAGUCCUGCUGUACCCAGCUUUCCUGCCCACCUCCCAGACAGGACCAGGUGCAGGAAUGGCUUGCAGUGGUAUGUGAAGUGAUAAAGCCAAGGAGUCUCAA